AUGUGUGGCCCUACCCUCAGCCGCUGGCAUUGGUUAUUUGCCUUCAUCAUCGUCACAAACGUGCCCUCAACUCUUGCCGAGGGUCCAUUAUUCCAACAGUUCUUUCCAGGAUGGGAUGGUCUCAUAAAAGGGUAUUUAAACGAAAGUUGCUCCGAUCAACUGGCCGAAUACAACAAAGAUCCUAUGGGUGAAGGGAAAUGGAAGGUGAUCGACUGUUUGUUCGAUGAUCCAUUCUCGGAGACGCGAAAGGCAGAAGCUGCAGCCGCUGCACUCACACUGGGUCUCGCUCCAAUGGUUCUCCAGACCAUUGGGCCAAGCACCUCCGAGACGAGUCUUUUGUUCACGCGUCGGCCUCUUCUUGCUUUACUGCUGGCCAUCUCGUCACCCUGGCCGCGCAACCCGGACGAUAACGCCAUCUACACAGACUCAACAGACCCUGCAAUUCCGACGAAAAUUUUCACGGAAUCUCUUUUGUGGUUUGAACCCAUGGUGUUGUUAGUUGAGUAUGCUUUGGCGCUGGGUGCAGCUGCAAAUGUGGCGUUACUUGCAUAUCAGCUCGGCCACUGGGCGUUCUUCAUGUCGGCGAACAACGUCAACGACCCAGUGUGGUGGACCUACUGCUCGUUUCUCAUCCACCUCAUUGGGAUACUUGGAAUAUUUCUACGAUUCCGUUUGGGCGAGUCCAAUGGGGUAUUCGACACCGAGACGGCGAAGAUGCACUGGUUUCAACGGUGGAGUUAUCACGAGUUCAGACCAGCAGCUUACAACAACAAGGACAACGACACCAACAACAUGAACGGCAGCCCCAAAGAAAAGAAAAAGAAAAACCUGUUGACACUAAAGACGCGGAAGUGGUCCGAGAAACGUUGGAAUCACUGGAUAACACUUUUGUCGGUGCUAGCAACGUGGACUCUGUCAAUUGCACCGACGUUGCAGGUCCUCAUGGGAACAAUCAUGUUAUCUGGGUCGCUGCUUACCAACCAGGCGGAUGCCCGCAACUGUCUGUUCAGAUAUGUUUGCAGCGCGAUUGUUGCUCGCGCUCUGCUCUCCUUCGAACUCACGUAUUUGACGCGCGUGGUAGACCCGAAGGACCGGAAGGACAUGAAGGACCCAGAGGAGGGCGAGCGGGAAAAUUCCGAGAAGACGAUGCGAACACAAGAACGUCAUGUACUACUCACGGAGACAUCAUUCUGA